AUGGCGAAGCUCCGGGUGGCUUACGAGUACACGGAAGCCGAGGACAAGAGCAUCCGGCUCGGCUUGUUCCUCAUCAUCUCCGGCGUCGUGUCACUCUUCAUCUUCGGCUUCUGCUGGCUCAGUCCCGCCUUGCAGGAUCUGCAAGCCACGGCGGCGAACUGCACGGUGCUGUCGGUGCAGCAGAUCGGCGAAGUGUUCGAGUGCACCUUCACCUGUGGCGCCGACUGCAGAGGCACCUCGCAGUACCCCUGCGUCCAGGUGUACGUGAACAACUCCGAGUCCAACUCCCGGGCGCUGCUGCACAACGACGAGCACCAGCUCCUGGCCAACCCCAAGUGCUCCUACAUCCCUCCCUGCGAGAGAGAAAAUCAGAAGAACUUGGAAAGUGUCAUGACUUGGCAACAGUACUGGAAGGAAGAGAUUGGUUCCCAGCCAUUCACUUGCUAUUUUAAUCAAUAUCAAAGGCCAGAUGACGUGCUUCUGCAUCGCACGCAUGACGAGAUCGUCCUCCUGCAUUGCUUCCUUUGGCCCCUGGUGACAUUUGUGGUGGGCGUGCUCAUUGUGCUCCUGACCAUCUGUGCCAAGAGCCUGGCGGUCAAGGCAGAAGCCAUGAAGAAGCGCAAGUUCUCUUAAAGGGGAGUAGGCUUGUGGAGAGCAGAGCACAGAAGCUGCACCCAUCAGUGCACACCGUCCUGCGGGACACCUGUUGCCGGCGCAGGAGACGGAAGGGGCCACGAGAGGUCUCCAGGAACCUCUUCCCUCGAUGGCAGCAGAAACAGGCACCGCUGGAAGACUUGGGCGCUCGUAGAUUAUAUUCUGUGUGUGGUAGAGGUGGUUGGCGGGUCACGCUCUUAGCUGUAUGGAGUAGCCGUUUCAGGAACUCCUCUAAGAUGUUCAUUUUCUUUGGAAGAGUACAGUAUAUAAUUUGUACAGUGUAGUAUACAAACCAUUGUGAUUUAUGCUAUUGAUAAACAUUAAAACAGAGUGGUCUGUG